AAGCAACAGAGGUUAAAGAUCUACCCGGAACUUAAGAUGAAACUAAAAUUAAAGAGAUAACUAUUCUACUAUAUUGAACAUCAUCUAUUGGAUGCGCCGAAUCCAAUCCUCAAUAUGGCAUCCUCCACAGAUGAACUUCGAGCAGUCAUGGAAUCCACGUUGACGAGAUUCCUCGAAAAUAGCACACUCGCAGUUCGGAAUAAAGACGCUUCUCUAUUCUCUGCGCUGCUAUCACCAGAAUGCUUGCGGUAUCUAAAACCCGUCACCUUCAUUAAAGCCUACCCUUUCAUUAAAGCAGAAGAGACGAACGCGGAGUACGAAGCACGAAUGGUACCGGAGAUCGCGGCCAUGGAGGAGUCGAGGGUCAAAAUAAUAGAGAUUGUUAUCGAUCCUAUUAAGCGCCAGGGCAGCGCACACGUCGAGCACUGGACCAAAGUUGUCGGUCGCGAACCAAUCGCCUUGGAAAUUUGCUGGUAUGUGGACUUUACGGAAGACGGAAAGAAGAUAUCACGAAUAGUCGAGUUCAUCGAUACAGCUGCAUCCGCGAAAAUUAUCGAGGCUAUUUUAAAUGGACACAAGCAACGUCAUGGUGCUUCCUAAACUAUCGCCUUUUCAAUGAAUAGUCAACUAUUUUUGAAUAUCGUCUAAAAAUAGUAUCUCAUACGCGCAUUAACAAUCUUCCGGUGGACGGACUUUGCCCCGACGGUCAAGUACAAAGCCCCAUUUCAAUCCCCCGAUUCCAAAGAUGCCGUCCGAAUUUGUGGGCCACCGACUGAGAGCCGUUUUUUUUGUGGAUGGUCUAUGCCGAACCGGCUGGAUUGAUGCUUACUCGCGCC